AUGGAGCGACAUCUCGAUAUCCAAUUUCGCUUGCUCAGGGAAGAACUUAUUGCGCCCAUCCGGGGCUCGAUCGUCACAAUUGACAAUGACGUCACCACGAUGCUGCAAUCACAAGGACGUGCUCGCAGGAAAACCGAGCAGACGAAGCUCGAGCAGUUGCUUACCAAGGGCGGCGGAGCAUACAAGACAAGCGGGUUUGAUUCUGUCUUCUUCCGUGUCUACGCCAACGCCGAAUUUUGCCCUGUGAAGGCGGAGCGACGCGACCUCACUGUCGGACUGAUGCUCGAUACCCCGCCGAGCGGCGCCGCUCGGGAUAAGGACGCAAAGAAGCGCGAAGCAUACUGGGAGCACAGCCGACUGUUGCAGGGCGGGAGCCUCGUCGUGCUUUGCGUCGUGGAGAACGCGCGCUUGCAGGCAUACCUGGGCACGAUCAGCUCUGGCGGGCGGGACAUUGCGCAGUCGGCCAAGGACGCGCAAGACAGGAUCCAGGUCCGGAUCACGUUCUUCGACCCUCAAGUCGAACUAAUGGCGCUGCGCAAGCAACGUGUAGCGGACCGGCUCAUGUUUGUUGUCGACAACGACGUCAUGUACGAAGCGUCGCGGCCGUUCCUCGAGCGCCUGCAGACGAUCGAGCCGACGGAGAUCCCGUUCGCGCGUUACCUUGCGCAUGGCGGCACCCUCACCGACGUGCAGGUCCUCCCGCCAAAGUAUGCCACGGCGCCGCGCUUCCGGUUCAAGCUCAGCUGUAUGGCGAAGAAGGGGAGCACGGUCCAGGACUUGAGCAUCACGCAGGAGGGCGGGGUCGCUCUGGCGCGCGCGGAGCUACUGGCGCAUAGCAUCCUCGAUCCUUCGCAAGUAGAGGCGGUCAUCAACACGCUAGUCCGAGAGGUCUCGCUGAUACAGGGACCUCCUGGGACAGGAAAAAGCUUUACUGGCCGAGAACUUCUACGCAUUUUGAUUGCCAGCGGUGUCCGCCCCAUCAUCCUUAUCGCUUACACAAACCAUGCAUUGGACCAUAUGCUCACCGACGUGCUGGACUCAGGCAUCACCCAGAAGCUUGUGCGACUCGGCUCUCGCUCAGGAUCCGAGCGCAUCGCGGAAUACACGUUGGAUAAGCUCGAGCGCAUAGCGGGCAAAACAAGCCUCGAUCGCUCAAUAGGUCGGCAAUACAGAGUCAUGAAGGGACUUGAGGAAGAGAUGUCGAAGGUGAUGGCCGCCAUACAAGAGCCGUCCCUAACUGCGGAGGAGAUCGAGCGAUACUUGCUUAUCCACUACCCGGAACACGCAGAGAAUCUUGCACUGCCGCCGUACUGGAUCCAAGAGCUGGCGCAGCGUCACUGGCAGGACGUUUCAGAACAAGGGGAGUGGGUCACUGCCGGAAAAGACGGCAAGGCACAAGCGAAAGUGGAACAGGAGCAGAACAUGUACAGGUUCUGGACGGAGUGUCUCGACUUGCAAUAUCUUGUUCCGCAAGUGCAGACCCCGGGUGAGCCACCUCAGGUACCACCUAUGGUCCAAGAGCUCUUCUUCGAGCUCGGCUUCGGCGAGGCAUUGCCCCCGAUCCCGACGGCCCAGCGGCCCCUCAGCACGCUGCUCGAUAUUCCAGCGAUAUGGUCGAUGUCUCCAAUUGAGAGAGCCGAGCUCGCAGCAGCUUGGGAGGAAGAGGUUCGCUCCCUCGCGUACAACACGAAUCUCGAAGAGUACGAAAAGCUGCGUCAGUCAUAUCGCGAGGCCUGCCAGGAAUACAACGACAUCCGCGACGAGACAAGAAGGCGACUCUUGAGCGAGGUAGACCUCAUUGGCUGUACAACUACUGGGGCGGCAAAACUAGUAUCUUUGUUAACUAGCAUUGCCCCUCGUGUGCUUAUGGUGGAGGAGGCGGGACAGGUCCUCGAAGCGCAUAUCUUGACGUCUCUGGUCUCGUCCGUCCAUCACCUGAUAUGCAUCGGAGAUCCUGAACAACUGCGGCCCACACUAGCGACAUUCGCUUUGUCGAUGGACAGCGAGCGAGGCAAAGAACUAUUCAAGUUUGACCGCUCUUUGAUGGAACGUCUUGCAAUUGAGCAUCUCCCGAUGACCCAGAUCAGUGUUCAGCGGCGAAUGCGCCCCGAUAUCUCUCACUUCAUCAGGACUAUCCUGUAUCCGGAGCUGCAAGAUCAUGAAAUUGUCACUCAAUAUCCGCACGUACAGGGCAUGCAGAAGGACGUAUACUUCCUGAAUCAUACCAACGCUGAAGGAGGCGCCGAAGACUCUGCAUCCAAGUUCAACAUGUACGAGGUGCAGAUGGUCCGUGACCUUGUUCUGUACUUCUUGCGACAAGGGGAGUACAGUGCACCUGGCGAUAUUGCAGUACUUUGUGCAUAUCUCGGGCAGCUCCAGAAAGUUCGGCUGGCGUUGCGAGACCUUAAGAUAACGGUUGCUCUCGAUGAGAGGGACGAGCAGCAGUUGGCACACCAGGGGCUGGAUGAAGAGGUCAACUUCGAACAGGUCGUGGUCGCUAAGCAUAUUAGCUUAGGCACCGUGGAUAUCUUCCAAGGCCGUGAGGCGAAAAUUGUGAUCGUCUCGCUGGUUCGAAAUACAGGAACCUUCGAGACAGAAUCGGCACCCAUCGGCUUCUUGAAGAGCUCAAAUCGAAUAAAUGUUGCACUAUCUCGUGCAAAGCACGGCCUCUACGUCCUCGGAAAUGCCUCUAACCUGCGGAAGAACAAGACCUGGUCGACAGUCCUUGACGAGAUGGAAACCCACGGACAGAUCGGACCCGGCUUCCGAUUAUCUGCCCCCGCCACCCCGAUCAAGUGCAAGUAA